AUGUCAUUAGCAUUAGCAUUUAUAGUUUUAGGGUCAGUGAUUGGGCAUAAUAAUUUUAAGGAGAAGCUAGAGGCAGUCAUAGAAGCCGAGAAACAAGCUGCAAAAGAUUUAGUACGUGAAAAGAAGAAAGAUAGGGCAUUGUUAGCAUUGAAAAAGAAGAAAGUUCAAGAAGACCUCUUGAAGCAAGUUGAUGGUUGGCUCAUCAAUGUUGAACAGCAAUUGGCAGAUGUUGAACUGGCGAGCAAGCAAAAGGCGGUGUUUGAAAGUUUGAAAGCUGGAAAUAAUGCAGUCAAAGCAAUACAGAGUGAGAUAAAUUUGGAUGAUGUUCAAAAAUUGAUGGAUGAUACUGCCGAGGCAAAAGCUUAUCAGGAUGUAAAGAUUAAGAAUCACAGUCUGGUUAAAAGAUGUUUCUUCUACUUGCUCAUCAUCACAUGCCUUUUCCCAAUCCCCCUUGCUGCCGGUGAUACAAUCUCGAUUCGAAAUGUCAAAUGCCCAUUCGACUAUUUGUACCAUUUUGGAGAUGGGGCCACCGACACCGGAAACUCCAUCCGACGCUGGCCAUUCGGCCCUUUAUUGCCUGCCGCACGUUUGCCUUACGGUAGAACUUUUCCUGGUCGGCCUACUGGUCGUUGGUCAAAUGGUCGGGUCGAAUUUGACUAUACAGGUAAAAACUGA